UAGCCAAUGAUGAUACGUCAGCGCCACUGCGUGGCCAGAGGAGCGGGGCGCCAGACGGUGACACAGCAGGAGGCGGAGGGGGGCAGUGAGCCAGACAGGAUCCUUCAUGAGGGAAGAGGCCAGGGACAGUCAGCCAGCCCCGGCUUCUCUUCUCUUCACUAAUAUUAUUCUAUAUUACAAACCAGGGAGCCCGAGUAGAGGGCUGCGUUAGUGUCCGUAGGAUGUCCCGUCAUGAGGGCGUGAGCUGUGAUGCAUGUUUAAAAGGCAACUUCAGAGGUCGGCGAUACAAAUGUUUAAUUUGCUACGACUACGAUCUGUGCGCAUCGUGCUAUGAGAGCGGUGCAACCACGACUAGACACACCACAGAGCAUCCCAUGCAGUGUAUAUUAACUCGCGUUGACUUUGACCUGUACUACGGUGGAGAAGCGUUCUCAGUGGAUCAGCCCCAGGCCUUCACAUGUCCCUACUGUGGCAGGAUGGGCUACACAGAAAUCUCCUUGCAGGAGCACGUGGCUGCAGAGCACACAGAGACCUCCACAGAAGUGAUCUGCCCCAUAUGUGCAGCACUGCCAGGUGGCGACCCAAAUCAUGUGACAGAUGACUUUGCUGCUCAUCUCACACUUGAACACAGAGCACCAAGAGACUUGGAUGAGUCCAGUGGGGUGCGGCAUGUGAGGAGGAUGUUUCAUCCUGGCCGUGGACUAGGGGGUCCGCGAGCACGUAGGUCGAACAUGCACUUCACCAGCAGUACCACUGGGGGGCUCUCCACCAGUCAGAGCUCCUCACAGAGCUCAAACUACAGCAGAGAGGCCAUGGACCCCAUAGCAGAGCUUCUGUCGCAGUUGUCAGGGGUGCGGCGUUCGGCGGGUGGCCAGCUCAGUUCAGGCCCCUCGGCCUCACAGCUUCAACAGCUACAGAUGCAACUCCAGUUAGAGCGUCAGCAGGCCCAGGCAGCGCGUCAGCAGCUGGAGACAGCUCGAAAUGCCACUCGGGGCGGUGGCCGAGCCAAUGCAAUCCUCAACACCAAUUCAGCCGCCACAAACCCCACCCCCAGCGCCAACCACAAUACUAACCCCAGCCCUAACCCAGGUCCACCCGAGUCCAACACACAGCAUACUGCACAUAGCUCCCAGUUUCUACUCAGCAGGCUGAGCGAACCGCGGCUGUCUGAGGCAGAGAGGCAGGCGUGCGAGGCCCAGUGGGCCGACAGGAGCCUAUUUGUGACGGAGCUGCUGCUGUCUACACUGCUGCCUGACGAGGCUGCCUUGGCCUCUUCCUCCGAGGAUGAGGACGACUGUCACAGCUCAUUGCGGAAUUUUGCCGACUUCAAGGCCAUGGGCUGUGUUGAGGUCAUGACCUUGGACGUGGCUCUGGAGAACCUCAACCUCAAGGAGACGACCCCGACUACCAAGACGACGAAAACGACAACUAAACCUGCGCCAACGAAGAAAGAGCCUCCUGCGCCGCCCCUUUGAUGACAUGGCCUCUUCCUCCCCCCCCCCCCAGCCACCAUUGUUACUGGCUGACUGCUGAGUCAGUCCAAGUGCCAAUGGAUGACAAAAAAAAAAAGACUGCAGUUAUUUUUGGCCUUUUUUUUUUUUUCUCAGUGAUUGUCAUUUCAGCUCUGUCGCUCCCUACUCGACCCCAUGUUUAUUACUUUGUGUACAUUGAAUAAAAGUAGUGAGACGAGAGAAUGUGAAAGCAAGCAAGCGUGAUGGGUGCGUGAGAGAAAGAAAACUAUAUAAAUAUAUAAUAGAAAAAUCUAUAUUAAAAUUGAUAAUCAAUUCCUCAUAACCCGUGUUUCCUCUAGCAGAUGAGCAAAGCGUAGUUAGCUGUUUAAGAGACAAACACGCCACCCAUUCAUCCAGGGAGGAGGCAGACACAAACCUCUCCGGCAAAAACGCUGCUGUGUAUUUAUAUUAAUUAAAGAAGUGCUUGGAUGGUUUACUACAACAUAAGCAUGAGCUUAAAUCACCAUGUGCCCAUUUUUAACUGCACAGUCACUAGACGGGGAAGUCGCUCUUUUGUUCAGACACCUGAGUAUAACUGUAAAUGAAUGGUGCUGAGUGCCACGCCACUGGCAUUUCUGCAACAUACACGCAAAGACUGACGGUUGUCGCUCUGUUUCAUUUAUGUCCAGUCUCCAGCCCCCCCUCUCCCUUUUGUGACAUCACCUGUUGUGGGUCACAUGACCUUGCUUUAUAUCAACUAUGGGCACUUUAGUUUGGUAUUGCAUAUCCAGUGUCCAUUUGUGUACACUACAGAUGCUCUACAUAAAGGCGAUACACGACUUGGAGGCAAACUCUUGUGACCAUUUUCAGGCCUUUUCUAACGUGGAAGAUAGACAACCCUGGUCUUCAUAUGGUUGCCCCCCCCCACCCCCCUUGCUGUCUUGCUUUUAUUGAAAACCAGAUACUUCUUUAUUAAGCUUCCCUGAUCUGAAAUGAAUCUUCUCUCCAUUGCUCAUGAAUGCAAAGAUUACUCAUGUGACUUGAAGGACAGAAUCCUGUAUUGCUCUUUCCAUUAAUUUCUUUCAGUCAAAAAGAUCUUUUUAUGCCUCCACUGCUACCUGAAGAAAUGCAGUGUAUGUUUUUGGCUCAGCGAAUAAGCCAAAUCACAGGGUAAACCUUUCAGUUUGGAGGACAAUAAAAAUGUUUUGGAUGGAAAUGAAUUAAU